CCCACCCCUGGUUGCCAGGGUGCUCUAUGGCGUUGCAUUCUCAUUGGUGGGCGACGGUGAGUGAGGCGCCCAGAGACAGCCAUUUCCAACGAGCUGGCGGGGGCGAAAGAUGGCGACGCCCCUCGGGUGGUCGCAGGGGGGGUCAGGAUCAGUGUGUCUCGCCUUCGAUCAACUGCGGGACGUGAUCGAAUCUCAGGAGGAACUGAUCCAUCAGCUGAGGAACGUGAUGGUUCUCCAGGAUGAAAAUUUUGUCAGUAAGGAAGAGUUCCAGGCAGUGGAGAAGAAGCUGGUGGAAGAGAAAGCUGCCCACGCCAAGACCAAGGUCCUCCUGGCCAAAGAAGAGGAGAAGUUGCAGUUUGCCCUCGGAGAGGUAGAGGUGCUAUCUAAACAGCUGGAGCAAGAGAAGCUGGCUUUUGAGAAGGCGCUCUCCAGUGUCAAGAGCAGAGCCCUGCAGGAAUCCAGCAAGAAGGACCAGCUCAUCACCAAGUGCAAUGAAAUUGAGUCUCACAUUAUAAAGCAAGAAGAUAUACUUAAUGGCAAAGAGAAUGAGAUUAAGGAGUUGCAGCAAGUUAUCAGCCAGCAGAAACAGAUCUUCAGGAAUCACAUGUCUGACUACCGGAUCCAGAAGCAGCAGGAGAACUACAUGGCCCAAGUGCUGGACCAGAAGCAUAAGAAAGCCUCGGGGACGCGUCAGGCCCGGAGCCACCAGCGUCCCAGGGAAAAAUAAAAUGGUCGUCGCCUUCCUGUUCACUGGCUGUAA